UUUCGGGAACUUGCCGUCGAACAUCCAACAUCGGGUAUUCUCGAAAUCCUUUGCCCAGGAAAGAGCUUCCAAAAAAGCCCGCCCGCCAAAUUCGCCCAACGACCCGACCGAAACCCCGUCCACGCCCGCGAACACACCCAACCCCGAAUCACGAUGAGGCCGACCCAGACUCUGCUCGGCGGUGGCGGCGGCCCCCCGGUGGGCAAGUUCAACAGGUACAUCGGCGGAUGGGGUGACUUUGGUGGCCUGAAGCAGAAGGGAAUCAUCACGUACGGUAUUUCCCCAAACCGGCAACGACCGCUGGCCGGUGCCGCGAACGCCGCCGUCUUCAAUACCUGGCGGCGAUUCAGAGGGCAGGUCCUCUACGUGGUCCCGCCCUUCGUCGCCGCUUACUACGCCAUGCAGUGGGCUAUCCACAGGAACGAGUACCUGUACUCCAAGGAGGGCCGUCACGAGCUGGAGACCUAAGGCCGUGAUUUGACGUCAGCUCAGAACCAUGGGCUCCAAGAUCAAUGGAGCCGCGUGUGGAGGAUCACAUCAUUUUCUGUAGACAAGACUUGUACAUCACUGCCGCCUACUAGAUUCUGGAAUGGAUGGUGAAAAGAACCGAUUGCUCAAUGCAGUAAGACUGGAGAACGACCUCCAAGUUGGCAGGUUUUGUGAUGGUUUACGAGUUGGUCUCCGUACAGCCUCAGUAGAGUGCAGCUCACCAAAAUGGCGUCUUUUCGCUCCCCAGUACUGUCACACGAUGGAAGAAAAGAAGAAAAGUCCCGAAUAUCUUUCAGAUAAUUUAGUCGAUAUUUUAUCUCAUUGUAGAACCCCUCCGAAUCGCUGCAGUACAG